AUGGCUUCGAACGCAAAGUACGCCCCGGCGCCGACCCAGGACCCCGAUGAAGCCUCGAGCUACCAGGCGCCCCCCGCCUACCAGGCCGAGCCCACCGCCGCCUCCGACACGGAUCGCCUCUUCGGCGGCGGCGCCCCGCGCAGCAGCGAGGACGACCUCCCGGAUGACUUCAAGUUCGGCGGCUCCGUUGCAGAGGCUACGACCGACAUCCGCAACCAGUUCAUCCGCAAGGUCUACGCCAUCCUCACCGUCCAGCUUCUCGUCACCGGCGCCGUCUCCGCCCUCAGCUUCUUCAGCGAUGGCUACAAGAACUGGAUCCAGGCCCACCCGGGCUUGGUCUUCGCAUCCCUCAUCGGCGCCGUGGUCAUGAUGCUCCUCACCUUCUGGAAACGCAAGUCCUACCCUACGAACCUCCUCUUCCUCUCUGGCUUUACCCUCAUGGAGGCCUACUCCAUCUCCGUCAUCGUAUCUUUCUACAAGGCUGGCAUCGUCCUCAACGCCGUCUUCCUCACCGCUGGUAUCUUCAUUUUCCUCACUGCUUUCGCCUGCCAGACCAAGUACGACUUCACCUCCUGGAUCCCCUACCUCGGCGGCGCCCUGUGGGGCCUCGUCCUCUUCGGCUUCAUGUACAUGUUCUUCCCCUACAGCUCCACCGGAGAGCUCGUCUACGGCGGCAUCGCCGCCUUGAUCUUCAGCGCCUACAUCCUCGUCGACACCCAGCUCAUCAUGCGCCACCACCACGUCGAAGAGGAGAUCGCCGCUGCCAUCAGCCUGUACCUCGACAUCAUCAACCUGUUCUUGGCUAUUCUGCGCAUCCUGAACAGCCAACAGAACAACUAA